AUGGUUAGUGGGAAUAAUACCGUUCGAACACCACCACCGAGCGGCGCCGCGAACGUCCUGGACACAAACCAAGGCACUAUUCAACCAGUCCAAUGGACUUGCCCGCGCACAUCCUAUAAUACGCCAUCUUAUCCAAAAGACUCAGAUGGGCUGCACGGUGUUGGUAUUCAAGAUCCAAACAACCUUGGUGCCGGUGCCGGCUUCCCGGAAAUGAACUGCGAUGGUUAUGCGUCUCCCCUACGCGCAGACAUUCACUUCCCCUCUUGCUAUAAUCCUAAGGCUGGCCUCGAUGACUACAAGAAUAACAUGGUGUUCCCAAGCAGCAAAGGUACCACGGGAGGCAAAGCAAACUGUCCUGUAGGAUGGACUCACGUUCCACAUCUCUUCUACGAAGUGUACUGGAACACUCCCCCCUUUGCAGACCUGUGGGAGCAAGGACAAGGAUCGCAGCCGUUCAUUCUGGCCAAUGGAGAUCGAACUGGAUACUCUCUUCAUGGAGACUUUAUUGCCGGUUGGGAUAUCAACGUUUUGCAAAAGAUCAUUGACAACUGUGAUGCGGGGGAUUCUGGCAUGGACAAGUGUGCUGACGCUGGCCCAAUCAACGACCCUUCCGACAGCUGCAACAUUGCCAACCUGAUCCCAGAGACUAUUUUCGGAGCUCUCGACAAAUUACCAGGUGAUAAUCCGCCCACUGGAUGGGGACAAGGGGAACUCGCAGUUCCCACUCCAUCCAGUACAUCAAGUACCUCGCUUACCACCGACCUACUAUCCUCCACACCGACCGAUGCAGCUGCUUCCAACAAAGCCUCAAGUAUCGAUACCACACUUACUGGAUGGUCAUAUACCGGCUGCUAUUCCGACAAUGAAUCUACCCGUGUCCUUAACGGUGUCCGAUUCGCGGACCUUGGUAUUGGGAAGGUGACUUCAACCGGUUGUGUGGAAUACUGCAAUAAUGCCGGAUUUAGCAUUGCAGGUACUGAGUAUGCCGGUCAAUGCUUCUGCGGUGAUAAAAUGGAGGGAAGCUCCAUACUGGCGGCAGAUCAUUGUAAUAUGAAGUGUGAAGGUGACAGCACUCAAGUCUGCGGAGGAGCCUUGGCAUUGAGCGUUUAUGAAAAGACCCAGCAGGAGGCCUCGAGGAGAUCAAGAAGGCAUUUCAUGCAGCAUGUGCACGGAAUGCAUGCUUGA